GUGCGGAGCGGCGCUGGCUGCGCCGUGUGGGGGCACUUCCAUAGGCAUGCACGCGCUGGGUGUGGCCGGGGCUGUCUGCGCGCUGCCCGUACGUGCGGUGCCCUCCGUGCGCGCAGAGCGGCCGCGGCUCGCGCCCGUAAACAUGCGUGGCGUUGGCGGAUCGAUGCGUAUGCGCAGGUGGAUGUAUAACCACCACACAGCUGCGGUUUUCUCAAAUAACGAUGAAGCCCUUAUUAACAAAAAAUUACCCAAAGAACUUCUGUUAAGAAUAUUCUCUUUCUUGGACAUAGUUACUUUGUGUCGAUGCGCACAAGUUUCCAAGGCAUGGAAUGUUUUAGCUCUGGAUGGAAGCAAUUGGCAAAGAAUAGACCUUUUUAACUUUCAGACGGAUAUAGAGGGUCGUGUUGUGGAAAAUAUAUCGAAAAGGUGCGGUGGGUUCCUGAGACAACUUAGUCUGAGAGGAUGUCACGUUGUUGGAGACUCCUCUUUAAAGACUUUUGCACAGAACUGUAGAAACAUCGAACACUUAAAUCUAAACGGGUGUACAAAAAUCACUGACAGCACGUGUUACAGUCUUAGCAGAUUCUGUUCCAAGCUGAAACAUCUGGAUCUGACAUCUUGUGUAGCCAUCACAAACAGCUCUUUGAAAGGUUUAAGUGAGGGUUGCAGAAAUCUGGAACAUUUGAAUCUUUCCUGGUGUGAUCAGAUUACGAAGGAUGGUAUUGAAGCACUGGUGAAAGGGUGUAGUGGACUAAAAGCUCUAUUUCUUAGAGGUUGCACACAGUUAGAAGAUGAAGCAUUGAAACACAUUCAAAAUCACUGUCAUGAGCUUGCAAUCCUGAAUUUGCAGUCCUGCACACAAAUUUCAGAUGAAGGUAUUGUAAAAAUCUGUAGAGGAUGCCAUAGACUUCAGUCACUGUGUGUUUCGGGCUGUUGCAACCUUACAGAUGCUUCUCUCACAGCACUUGGUCUAAACUGCCCAAGGCUGAAGAUUUUGGAAGCUGCAAGAUGUUCACAGCUCACAGAUGCUGGUUUUACCCUUUUAGCACGGAAUUGCCACGAGCUGGAGAAGAUGGACUUGGAAGAAUGUGUUUUGAUAACUGACAGCACCUUGAUACAACUUUCUAUACACUGUCCUAAACUACAAGCAUUGAGCUUAUCUCACUGUGAAUUGAUCACCGAUGAUGGGAUUCUCCAUCUGAGCAACAGCACGUGCGGUCACGAGCGGCUGCAAGUCCUUGAGCUUGAUAACUGUCUGCUCAUCACUGACGUGACCCUGGAACACCUGGAGAACUGCCACAACCUGGAGAGAAUUGAGCUGUACGACUGCCAGCAAGUCACAAGGGCUGGAAUCAAAAGAAUCCGAGCUCAUCGACCUCAUGUGAAAGUGCAUGCUUACUUUGCUCCAGUAACUCCCCCUCCCUCGGUUGGAGGGAGCGGACAGCGCCUCUGCAGAUGCUGUAUUAUUCUUUGACACCAAGUGCAACCACGCGGCGUUUUUUGUUUGGGUUUUUUUUUUUGUUGAUGAAGAAAAGAACUGGUCCGCUAGUCAGUGGAAGGAGUUGGCUUCCUGACUGUUAGAAUGGUGAUGUUUGGUCAUCCAGUUUUGUGACAAGAAGAGCCAUUUUUUUUCCAGGUAAAAAGUCUUAGUGUAAUGUUCAGAUGUGGAUUAAGUUGGUGGUGCUUUGGUUUGUGCUAGUGACUCCUUCCUUCUGUUGGCAUGAGAACCGAAGUGCUGUGUACGACACGGGGGCGUCUCAGCAUGAUGGUGUUUGGUGAACAUUCACUGAUUUGGAAGUUAGUUUGCAUCUGUAAGCACGAUUCAGCGUGAGCUCUGAUGUAAGGCGGGGCUCACGUCAGUCACGGGACGAAACUGAACCUGCUGUUCUGUAAUAUACGUGGCAGAUUAAAUAUCGGGUUUAAGGACAAAUCAGCUUUAGCAAACGUUGACCAAAAAUGCAAGGUAGUCAUGUGCUCUUACAGCAAAACAGCUUAUACUUCUUCAUGAUCCAGCACUGCAUUUAAUGACAUUAACAGGACAUAAUAGGUCAUGUCAAAAGGUAAAGAUUGUACCUCAUGAUAACUGUAUAAAUACUUGUCAAAUUUUUGAACUUGGUUCAGUUGAACUACGAGUUAGGAUAAAGCUUGCCCGUCACCAAAGCAGGUUUUAUGCCCGAUGCCAUCAGCAGUUCCAAGGGGUUGGAAAUCCACAGGGGUGGAGCUUGUGUACUCUACUGCAAUGGGCUGCCACAGCCAGCCAUGGUGCUUACUUACUGUAAUGCCACUACUGUGUCCCCAGUCACCUCCUGGUUUGAAAUGGAAGGACAGAGCAGCUCUAGGAAGAGGGACGCACUGUUCAUGCUUUUCUAAGGUGAGGAAUGGAAGCUGGGUUGGGCAAAUAGAGAUGGGCAAAUAGAUCUGGGGGCAGGAACUGAACCAAACCAGUGGUUUUCAAAUGUAGAAAGGCAAAAUCUUCACAUUUGGGGUUAUUAAAGAAGCUGUCAACUUCUGAAUAAUAAUAAAAAUUGAAGUAUUAACUCUUGAGGCCAUGCUUUCAUCCUUAGUUUUCCAGUGCUAGAGGAUUAAAUAGAUAAACUUUUUUAUAUAAAGUAACCUAACUAUCUGAGAGAAACUACUCAACAGCUCAGAAAGCUUUUCUGCCUGAGAUUGAUUGUGUGUGUUUAUGUCUUAAGAGUUCGGGGCCUGCGUGUUUACUGAAACCUAACAAACAGAAAUAGUGGCUUCCUUAAACAGCCAUGGGAGCAGCUCCUUCUGGAGCGUUCUGGCAUCUUCUCGUAAAUUUAGAACUACUUCUUAAAAGUAAUGUGAACAUUAAGACUUCUACAGAUACCAACAACAGCGUUACUUUCCUGCUUCACCCAUUCACGGGUGCUGGGGAUGGUAAAUGAAGAUCUGAACUUCAAGGAUGAAUAACAUGAUCGUGCAAUACACGGAUUUCUUUACUACUGCAGAAUAAGCCAGUCAAUCAAUCAGGGUUCAUUUUGCACAGUAGUAGAGGAGAGUUGUUACAAUCAGACUUAGAUUUCCAUUAAGACACUGCUGUAAUGGAGAGUUUCAAGCAGGUUUUAUUCUCCACCGUACCAGGGAAGUCAUGGGUACCCCUAUGUCAAAAUGUGUUGCCUUUUGUUGGCUCAUUUUUUUUUUAAGAACGUAACGAACCUUGUAAGUAUGUCCAUGGCAUUAAAGAUGUACAAAAACAAAUGGAACCUACUCCAGUAUAGACCCUUAAAUAAACAAUCAGCUGAUGUCAA